GGUUCCAGUGUCAGUUUGAGGCGCCGCCGCCGCAGCCACCGGAGCCGCGAUGCCUAAAGGAGGGAGAAAGGGAGGCCACAAAGGCCGGGCUAGGCAGUACACGAGCCCCGAGGAGAUCGGCGCACAGCUCCAGGCUGAAAAGCAGAAGGCCAGGGAAGAAGAGGAACAAGGAGAAGAAGGUGGAGAUGGGGCUGCAGGUGACCCCAAAAAGGAGAAAAUGUCCCUAGACUCAGAUGAGAGCGAGGAUGAAGAAGAUGAUUACCAGCAAAAGCGCAAAGGUGUAGAAGGGCUCAUCGGCAUUGAGAACCCCAACCGGGUGGCACAGACAACCAAAAAGGUCACACAGCUGGACCUGGACGGGCCCAAGGAACUUUCAAGGAGAGAAAGAGAAGAAAUCGAGAAGCAGAAGGCAAAAGAGCGUUACAUGAAAAUGCAUUUAGCGGAGAAGACGGAGCAAGCCAAGGCCGACCUUGCCCGGCUGGCGAUCAUCCGGAAACAGCGGGAGGAGGCUGCCAGGAAGAAAGAAGAAGAGAGGAAAGCAAAAGAUGAUGCAGCUUUGUCAGGAAAACGAAUGCAGUUGCUCUCCCUGAAUAAGUAGCACGGCCUGUGGGAGGAGAUAGCAGGGAACUGGGCCGUGCUGCCAGGACCUCUAAUGUGUCUCACCCGC